GGACCCCACCUCCCUGCCCGAGACGAGACAGGAAGCGCCGAAAGAGGCUGGCCUAGGCUAGAGCGGCCAUGGGCUCUCGCUCCCGGUCCAGGGAAAGGCGACGGCGAAGAAGACGGUCCGGAUCCGAGGAGAGAGAAAGGCGGCGGAGGCGGCGGAGAGAACGGGGAGAAAGUUCAGAGGAAGAGAGCCAGAAAUGGCGGAAGAAGAAAGAGAAAAGUGGAGACCACCACCACAAGAGACACAAGAAGCGCAGCCCAUCCCCCCGGGACCACUCCCUCAGCUCGGAUUCCUCACUGGGAAAGCGAGGCCACAGCAGCGAGAGGAGGGGGAAGAGGAGCCGGAAGCGCUCCAGGUCCAGGUCCUCGGUGUCCUCCGUCUCAUCGCCUUCUCCGUCGCGGUCCCAGGGCUCCCGGGAAGACCUGGGCGAGCAGCUUAGCCUGCAGGAGCGCCUGCAGCUGAAGGAGGACAAGAAGCAGCAGAGGGAGCUGCUGAAGGCGCUCGAGACCCCCGAAGAGAAGCGGGCCCGGCGCCUGGCCAAGAAGGAGGCCAAGGAGCGGAAGAAGCGCGAGAAGAUGGGCUGGGGGGAAGAGUAUAUGGGCUACACCAACACUGACAACCCCUUUGGGGACAACAACCUGCUGGGAGCUUUCAUCUGGAGCAAGGCCCUGGAGAAGAAGGGGAUUGGCCACUUGGAGGAGAAGGAGCUGAAGGACCGGAAUAAGCGGAUUCAAGAAGAAAAUCGCCUGGAGCUGCAGAAGGUGAAGCAACUGCGCUUGGAGCGGGAGCGGGAGAAGGCCAUGCGGGAGCAGGAGCUGGAGAUGUUGCAGCGGGAGAAGGAGGCAGAGCACUUCAAGACGUGGGAGGAGCAAGAGGACAACUUCCACCUGCAGCAGGCCAAGCUGCGCUCCAAAAUCCGCAUCAGGGACGGGAGGGCCAAACCCAUCGACCUGCUGGCAAAGUACAUCAGCGCGGAGGAUGACGACCUGGCGGUGGAGAUGCACGAGCCGUACACUUUCCUGAACGGCCUCACCGUCUCGGACAUGGAAGAUCUUCUGGAGGACAUCCAGGUUUACAUGGAGCUGGAGCAGGGGAAGAAUGUGGAUUUCUGGCGAGACAUGACCAUCAUUACCGAAGACGAGAUCGCCAAGCUUCGGAAACUUGAGGCUUCCGGGAAGGGGCCAGGUGAGCGCCGCGAAGGGGUGAACGCCUCGGUCAGCUCGGACGUGCAGUCGGUCUUCAAGGGGAAGACGUACAACCAGCUGCAGGUGAUCUACCAAGGCAUCGAGGGCAAGAUCCUCGCCGGGGGUCCCAACCUCGACAUCGGCUACUGGGAGAGCCUGCUCCAGCAGCUCAAAGCCUACAUGGCCCGUGCAAGGUUGAGGGAGCGGCACCAGGACGUCCUGCGCCAGAAGCUCUACAAGCUGAAGCAGGAGCAGGGCGUGGAGAGCGAGCCCCUCUUCCCCAUCGUCAAGAAGGAGCCGCCCUCCCCGGGUGCCUCCGCCACCAGCAGCAGACUGGAGCCGGAGGAGGGCCCCCCGGCCCAAGCGGGCCCCUCUUCCUCCGAGGCGGGGGCCGAGGCCGAGUCGGAGGCCAAGGCCGAGGGAGACGGAGAGGCCGUGCUGAUGGAGGAAGACCUGAUCCAGCAAAGCCUGGACGACUACGAUGCCGGCAAGUACAGCCCCCGGCUGCUCACCUCCCACGAGCUGCCCUUCGACGCCCACGUGGUGGAGGCCGAUGAGGAUGUCCAGCGUCUCCUGCUCUCCCGUCAGCAGCUUCAGGUCACAGGCGACGCCAGUGAGAGCGCCGAAGACAUCUUUUUCCGCCGCGCCAAGGAGGGGAUGGGGGCCGACGAGGCCCAGUUCAGCGUGGAGAUGCCCCUGACGGGCAAGGCCUACCUGUGGGCAGACAAGUACCGGCCCCGGAAGCCACGCUUCUUCAACCGGGUCCACACGGGCUUCGAGUGGAACAAGUACAACCAGACCCACUACGACUUCGACAACCCCCCGCCCAAGAUCGUGCAGGGCUACAAGUUCAACAUCUUCUACCCGGACCUGAUCGACAAGCGCUCCACCCCCGAGUACUUCCUGGAGGCCUGCCCCGACAACAAGGACUUCGCCACCCUGCGCUUCCACGCCGGGCCCCCCUACGAGGACAUCGCCUUCAAGAUCGUCAACCGCGAGUGGGAGUAUUCCCACCGCCACGGCUUCCGCUGCCAGUUCGCCAACGGCAUCUUCCAACUCUGGUUCCACUUCAAGCGCUACCGGUACCGCCGGUGAAGCGUCGUGGGGGGUCAGCACGCAUGGGAACCAGACAUGGGCAACCGAGUGUGGGUGACUUGGGGGGUGGGACUGCUUUGUAAUGUGUUCUGGGCUGUGCCCUACAAGUACGAGGGGCCUGGCCCGUUUGUUGUGGCCCCCACAAACUCUCCCCGUGGCCCCCACAAACUCUGCCCACAACUUCAGUGAUUCUGCUGCUGCGGUUCCUCCCUCUGGCACCAGAGAGCGCAGUUCUUGCGCCUAGACUCCCUUUCUCGGAGUCUGGCUUUCGCUUGGAUAUCCGCUAGGUGGCGCCAAAGGGUCGCGGCUUUUCCAAGGGUUUUUGUAACUUCUUCCCAUUUCUGGAGAUUGUCUUCGUCUGGCGGACUGGGUGAUGCUCUUAAACGAGCCACCCGUCACAAUAAAGCUAGGUUAUUUGAAACUG